UUUCAGUCUCACUCUCACUCUCUCUCUCUCUCCUUUCAUCUCAGUUUUCUCUUUUCCUUUGUUCUUUAUUUUCUUUUCUCUUUUGAAACCCCCUCUCUCUCUCUCUCUGAGAGAUCGAUUUUUCACGCGACGAGUUUACAGGUGUCCUUGCAUAUUCUAGGGUUUAAGGUUUUGCGUUUAGCUGCGCGAGAUGCUGGAAUUGAACUGAGUUUGUUUCGUUUAUGAGUUAAGAAGCUGUUCCAAGAAGAAGGCACUGUAAUUGACUGCAAAAGUAAUGGAAGAUAGUCCUCCCUCAAGUCUUUUAGAUGGGGUGGUUAUUGGAGUCAAAUUUGGUAUGGCUACACGCCAGGAAAUUAGUACAGCAUCGAUCAGUGACUCUUCAAUUAGUCAUGCUAGUCAGCUGUCAAAUCCCUUCCUUGGUCUACCCCUUGAAUUUGGCAGAUGUGAAUCUUGUGGUACUUCUGAAGCAGGAAAAUGUGAAGGUCACUUUGGAUAUAUUGAGCUACCAAUUCCAAUUUAUCAUCCUAGUCAUAUUACUGAGUUGAAACGGAUGCUGAGCCUUGUCUGUUUAAACUGCUUGAAAAUGCGGAAAAGCAAGCCUUCAGCAUCAGGCAGUGGUUUGGUGCAGAGAUUAGUAUCUCCUUGUUGUGAGUUUAAUGCUACUGAAGUUUCUAUAAGGGAUGUUAAAACAAGUGAUGGGGCUUGUUAUCUGACACUCAAGGUAUCCAAAUCCAAGAUGCAGCCUGAUUUUUGGGGUUUUUUAGAAAAAUAUGGCUAUCGCUAUGAGGGUGAUCAUACUCGAGCCUUACUUCCUUGUGAGGCAAUGGAAAUUAUUAAGAGAAUCCCAAUAGAAACCAAAAGAAAGCUUGCUGGAAAAGGGUAUUUUCCUCAAGAUGGAUAUGUUUUGAAGUAUCUUCCAGUGCCACCUAAUUGCUUGUCAGUACCAGAAGUUUCAGAUGGCGUUAGUGUCAUGUCUUCGGAUCCUUCCAUUACAAUUCUGAGAAAAUUGCUCAGGAAGGUUGAAAUCAUCAAAAGUUCUAGAUCUGGAGAACCAAAUUUUGAGUCUCAUCACGUGGAAGCAAAUGAUUUGCAGUCAGUUGUUGAUCAGUAUUUUCAAAUUAGGGGCACUUCUAAGGCAGCACGUGCUAUAGAAACACGUUUUGGGGUCAAUAAAGAGCUUAAUGAAUCGUCAACGCAAGCAUGGCUAGAGAAAAUGCGGACUUUAUUUAUAAGAAAAGGUUCAGGUUUUUCCUCCCGGAAUGUGAUAACUGGAGAUUGUUAUAAAAGGAUAAAUGAAGUAGGAAUUCCGGUUGAAGUUGCCCAACGAGUAACAUUUGAGGAGAGAGUUAACAUCCAUAACAUAGGUUAUUUGCAGAAAUUAGUUGAUGAAAAUCUGUGCCUUACUUACAAGGAGGGCAUGUCAACUUUUUCACUCAGGGAGGGCUCAAAGGGUCACAUAUAUCUGAAGCCUGGUCAGAUAGUACAUCGGAGGAUUAUGGAUGGGGAUAUCGUCUUCAUUAACAGGCCACCUACAACACACAAACACUCUUUACAGGCACUUUUUGUUUAUAUCCAUGAUGACCACACUGUGAAAAUAAAUCCUUUAAUUUGUGGACCACUUGGGGCUGAUUUUGAUGGUGACUGUGUCCAUCUGUUUUAUCCACAGUCACUUGCUGCCAAAGCAGAAGUUGUGGAGUUAUUUUCUGUCGAGAAUCAACUGCUCAGCUCUCACAGUGGCAAUUUGAAUUUACAAUUAAGCUCAGAUUCGUUGUUGUCGCUGAAGAUGUUGGUCAAGAGAUGUUUUUUUGAUAGAGUGGCAGCUAAUCAAUUGGCUAUGUUUCUUGUACCUUUGCCUCAAGCUGGUUUGAUGAAGGCCAAUUCUGGUGAUUCUUAUUGGACUUCCAUCCAAAUUUUACAGUGUGCUCUUCCUCUGUGUUUUGAUUGCUCUGGGGGGCGGUAUUUGAUUAGGCAGAGUGAAAUCUUAGAAUUUGAUUUUAAUAGGGAUGCUUUGCCUGCAACAGUAAAUGAAAUAGCAGCCUCAAUUUUCUUUAGCAAGGGUCCAAAGGAGGCACUAAAGUUCUUUGAUGUAUUGCAGCCUUUUUUGAUGGAAAGUAUAUUUGCUGAUGGGUUUAGUGUUAGCCUGCAAGAUUUUUCAAUAUCCAGGGCAAUUAAAAGAAUUAUAGGCAGAAGCAUAGGAAAAGUUUCUUCUCUGUUGUAUCAGCUGAGGUCUGUUUACAAUGAACUGGUGGCGCAACAAUUGGAUAAGCUUAUUCGUGAUAUUGAACUUCCUGUUAUUAAUUUUUCUCUAAAGUCAACCAAACUAGGAGAUUUAAUUGAUUCAAAGAGUAAAUCUGCAAUUGAUAAGGUUGUUCAACAAAUUGGUUUCUUAGGGCAGCAACUUUUUGAUAGGGGAAGAUUCUAUUCAAGAGGAUUGGUGGAAGAUCUAACAUCUCAUUUUCACGUGAAGUGUUGCUAUGAUGGGGAUGGCUAUCCCUCUGCUGAGUAUGGAUUGCUCAAAGGGUCUUUUUUCAAUGGUUUGGAUCCAUAUGAAGAGAUGGUGCAUUCAAUUUCAACAAGGGAAAUAAUGGUGCGUUCUUCAAGGGGAUUAUCUGAACCAGGAACACUAUUCAAGAAUUUGAUGGCCAUUCUUCGGGAUGUUGUUAUCUGUUAUGAUGGAACUGUUAGAAAUAUUUGCAGUAAUUCCAUUAUCCAGUUUGAAUAUGGAUUAGAGAAAACUGAGCACCUAUUCCCUGCUGGUGAGCCUGUAGGUGUCUUAGCUGCAACUGCCAUGUCAAAUCCUGCUUACAAGGCUGUCCUUGAUGCUAGUCCCAGUAGCAAUUCCUCAUGGGAGUUGAUGAAGGAAAUAUUACAAUGCAAGGUCAAUUUUAAGAAUGAACCUGGUGAUCGGCGUGUUAUUUUGUACUUGAAUGACUGUGAUUGUGGAGGGAAUUAUUGUCGGGAAAAUGCAGCAUAUAAAGUUAAAGAUCAAUUGAGAAAAGUCAAUCUUAAGGAUGUAGCAGUGGAGUUCAUUAUUGAGUACCAAGAACAGCGGAUGCGAAAGGGAAAUUCUGAAACUGAUGCUGGACUUGUUGGUCAUAUUUAUCUGGACGAGAUGAUGUUAGAAGAGCUGAAGAUCAGCAUGGCCAACAUUUUUCAGAAAUGCUCGGAUAGACUAAAAUCAUUUAGUCGGAGAAAGAAAGCUAAUGAAUUUCUGAAUAGGACUGAAUUAUCGUUUAGUGAGUCUUGCUUAUCUUCACAUCCUGCUGCCCCGUGUUUAACAUUCAUUUGGCUUGACGAUCGUAGUAAUGAAUUUGAUCGCAUUGUAAAGACCCUAUCGGAAGAAAUCUGCCCUGUUCUGUUAGAUACAAUAAUCCAAGGAGACCCACGCAUUAGCUCUGCAAGUAUAAUUUGGGUUUGUCCGGAUACAAACACAUGGGUCAGAAACCCUUAUAAAUCUUCCAAUGGUGAACUGGCACUGGAUAUUAUUCUUGAGAAGGAAGUAGUCAAGCAAAGUGGUGAUGCUUGGAGGAUUGUACUUGAUUCCUGCCUUCCUGUUCUUCAUUUGAUUGAUACCAGGCGUUCAAUCCCAUACGCUAUUAAGCAGAUUCAAGAAUUACUGGGGAUAGCAUGCACUUUUGAUCAGGCGAUUCAGCGUGUUGCGGCAUCUGUGAAAAUGGUGGCGAAAGGUGUUCUUAGAGAGCAUCUAAUUUUGUUAGCUAGUAGUAUGACAUGUGGAGGGAACCUGGUUGGCUUUAAUACAGGGGGAUAUAAAGCCCUCUGUCGACAACUAAAUAUUCAAGUACCAUUCACAGAUGCAACACUCUUUACACCUAAAAGAUGUUUUGAGCGAGCUGCUGAGAAAUGUCAUACUGACUCUCUGUCAAGCAUAGUGGCAUCUUGUUCCUGGGGUAAGCCUGUGGCAGUUGGUACAGGAUCAAAAUUUGAUGUUGUUUGGGAUGCAAAUAAGAUAAGAUCAAGUGAAAUUGAAGGGAUGGAUGUUUACAGUUUUCUUCACAUGGUUAAAGGUCAUACUGAUGGGGAAGAAGAAGCUGAUGCUUGUUUGGGUGAAGAUAUUGAUGAUUUGCUGGAAGAAGAAAAAAUGGAUUUGGAAAUGUCCCCACCACAUAACUCUGGUUUUGAGGCUGUCUUUGAAGACAAUCCUGAAGUACUGAAUGAUUCAACGUCCAAUGGUUGGGCUGUACAUUCAAAUCAGACUGAAUCAAAAACCAAUGGUUGGUCUGGUUGGGUAAGUAACAAAGCUGGAACAAAUGAAGGAAGAUCUGAAAAUGCCCAGGUGAGUUCUUGGGGGAACACUGUCACACAAGAAGACUCUUCUAAGUCAAGUGGUUGGAAUUCAAACACCACAGACCACACUAAUACCAAAUCUAAUGAAUGGUCUGCCUGGGGAAGUAAGAAGUCUGAAAUUCAAACAGGUGGAUCUGAGAAUGUUCAAGGUUCAUGGGGCAUGGGUAAAACGAAAGAUGAUACCCAAAAAGAUAAUUCUGGGUCUGGUGCUUGGGGUGCAAACAAAACUGUUCAGGCAAACACAAAAUCUAAUGAAUGGUCUGGCUGGGGAAACAAUAAUUCUGAAAUACCAGCCGGAGGAUCUAAAAAUAUGCAAGGCUCUUGGGGCUCUGGUAAGAGAAAAGAAGUUACCCAAGAAGACAAUUUUGCAUCUGGCGCUUGGGAUGCAAACAGAACAGAUCACACUAAAACAAAAUCUAAUGAGUGGUCUGACUGGGGAAGAAAUAAUAAGUCUGAAAUACUUGCUGGUGGAUCUCAAGAAAAUUCCUGGGGCUCAAGUAAAUUGAAAGAUGAUGUUGCACACAAGAACAAUCCUGGUUCUAGUGCUUGGGAUGCAGGAAGCACAAAUCAUACAAAAGCAAAAUCUAAUGAGUGGUCUGGAUGGGGAAAGAAUAGGUCUGAAAUACCAGCUGGUGGUUCAGAAAAUCUGCAAGAUUCUUGGGGCUCUGACAAGGGGAAAGAUGAUGUUACCCAAGUAGACAACUCCGUACAUGGUUCUUGGGGUGGAAACAGAAGUGAUCAGACAAAAGCAAAAUCUAAUGAAUGGUCUGGCUGGGGAAUGAAUAAAUCAGAAAUGCAACCUGGAGGAUCUGAAAAUGUAAUAGAAGAUUCUUGGGGCUCAGGUAAAUCGAAAGACGAUGUUACCAAAAAUGACAAUUCUGAGUCUGGUGCCUGGGGUGCAAGCAGCACAGGCCAGAUGAAAUCAAAAUCUAAUGAAUGGUCUAGCUGGGGGAAGAAUAAGUCUGAAAGACCAGCUGCUGAAUCUGAAAAUGUGCAUAAUAAUUCUUGGGGCUCUGGUAAGAGGAAAGAUGUUACCCAAGUAGACAACUCUGUGUCUGGUUCUUGGGGUGGAAGCAGAGGAGAUCAAAUUAACACAAAAUCUAAUGAAUGGUCUGGCUGGGAAAGGAAUAAAUCGGCAAUACCAGCUAGCGGAACUGACAACGCACAAGGAGGUUCUUGGGGCUCAAGUAUAUUGAAAGAUGAUGUUACCCAGAAAGAUAAUUCCGGUUCUGGUUCUUGGGGUGCAAACAAAUCAGGUUUUGCAAAAACUGAAGUAGAUGAGUGGGCAAGAAAUAAAGUUGAGGCAAUAGAUGGUGGGUCAGAAAAGCCCCAAGAAGAUUCUUGGAACUCAGGUAAUUGGAAAGCUGACUCAAAAGUUGGCAAUACCUCUUGGGGAAAAGCCAAAUCCUCUGGAAGUCAAUCAUGGGAUUCCCAUAAUCAGUCAAAUCAGAAUUCAACUUCACGGGGAUGGGAAUCACAUAUUGCUUCAGCUAAUUCAGACACUGAGAAAGGUUUUCAGUGGGGUAAGCAAGGUAGAGAAUCUUUUAAGAAGAAUCGCUUUGAAGGUUCACAAGGUCGGGGUUCAAAUAGUGGUGACUGGAAAAAUAGGAAUCGCCCACCUAGAGCACCUGGACAGAGAUUUGACUUGUAUUCAUCUGAGGAGCAGGAUGUGCUGAAGGAGAUCGAACCUAUUAUGCAGUCUGUCAGACGAAUCAUGCAACAACAGGGGUACAACGAUGGGGACCCGCUGGCUGCUGAAGAUCAACAAUUUGUACUUGAGAAUGUCUUUGAGCACCACCCAGAUAAAGAAACCAAAAUGGGUGCUGGAAUUGAUUAUGUCAUGGUUAACAGACACAGCAGUUUUCAGGAUAGCAGAUGCUUUUAUGUGGUUUUGAAAGAUGGUCAAAGAGAAGAUUUUUCCUACCUGAAAUGCUUGGGUAACUGGAUAAGAAAGAAGUAUCCAGACCUUGCGGAAGCAUUCCUAGGUAAAUAUUUUCGGAAACCCCGUCGUAGGCAGGACCAAACUGCAAACCCAAGGGGGGACCAGACUGCAAUGCCAGUGCAGGACGAAGCUUCUACACCGGCUGACCAGACCUCAACACCCGGCCCUGUGGAAACGAAUGAGUAGAGAUUAGAGGCGUUUUGUCCAUAAUAUUGUACAGAAGCGGCGUAGUUAAGGCCACUGAAUAGUUUUUGCGUAGAUGGCCAAUUUUCCUGACGGAAAUUUAUCCUCUUUUCGGUGACAGUUGGAUGGUAAUUUUUGUAACCCGUGAAUCAUGCAUCUUUGUGCAGAUGUUAAUAUUCUUACUGAUUACAGCACAUGAUGAUGUGAUGAUUUUUGAACCUUUAAUUGGACGUGGCUUUCUGCCAUUGACUGGACCACCCAUAUCAAAAUGACAAUGCUUCUUAUUAGAGUUUCAUGAUUCA